UUAUUAUUAUAUAUCAAUAGUCAAAGUCGCAUUUUUCUAGUGUUUUAUUGGUUGAGAACAUAUCACGUGAGAGUGACGAAAUUAGGCUGUCUCCCUCGCAACAGCGCAAGAGGGAGAUAAUACGUUAUCGACCGGCGAAUAACAAAAACAUUCACGUGCGCCAUCACGUGAAGAUGCGACCUUUGGACAUUCCUAGUACGUAAUUAAAACUUUCGCUUCAAGUAACUGCAGUGUAGCCAGUGUUUAAUUUAACGUUUUAACAAUAAAAUAUUUCAUGUAUUUACGUUCAUUUGUUCUUUAAUUUGUUGUUAUAUAAUAAAACACUUAUUUACUGAGACCACAAAACACACUGUUUCCCUCGGUCUCAGUAAAUAAGUGAUAAUUAUUCUUUUUCAGACACAUGGAUAAUGACACGGAUUUAGGACACGACCCACGACAUGUCCACGGAUCUCGGCACGACGUCCCCGUCGAAGCAGUCACGAUAGUCCUCGCUAUCCUAAUUGUCCUCAGCGUCGCCGGAAACUUGUUAGUAUGCAGUGCAUUCGUCAUUCAACCACGCCUGCGCAGAGCGCUCUAUUUGCCAGUCCUAAGCCUCUCGGUUGCUGACGUGAUGUGCGGCCUGGUCGCCAUGACGUCGUACUUGGCGAAGAAACACGUUUUUGGCGGGAAAAAGGAACAAGUUGUAUGCGAUAUUUCGCGAUUUUCCUAUUUUCUCACAGAAUACGCGUCCGUGUUCAGUCUCACUAUAAUCAGCGUGGACCGGGCUCUGGCCAUUGUUAGACCACUAACAUACCAAACUACGGUCACGUCUCAACGUAUGAAGGCAGCUUUAGGCUGUACAUGGUGUUGGGCCAUCAUAGUGUCGGCUUUGCCAUUUUUUUGGAAAACAGAAAAAGACGAUGGUUGUUAUUUUAGACCGACAAACGAAUGGAGUAUGGCAGUGAUAGUGGGGAAUGUCUUGGUGCCAUUCUUGCUUAUUCUGGCGUGCCAAUUUUCGAUAUACGUUAUUGCGAUUAAACAUGCUAUCAUUAUUAAACAACAAAGAAGAAUCAGCAUGGUGAAUCGGAGAGGUAGCACGCCCCGGACUGAGGCAUGGGCAAUAGAACGAAAAGCCACUGUGAGUUUAUCCAUUGUUAUUGGUUUAUUCAUCAUAUGUUGGGGUCCGUCUACGCUAUACUACUUUCUACAGAAAGUGAGCCCGGGGUAUUUCGAAGGAACUUUUGGCGAGUACGAAGGCACCUUCAACGCCGUAGUAAAGUUGAUGACUUUCGCUAAUAGCUGUUUUAAUCCUCUCGUUUAUUCAUGGUUGAACAAAGACUUUCGUCAAGCCUUUCUGCGGGUAUUGAGUCGAAAGAGGUACAAGAAUGCCGUGGAGAAACAAGCCAGCCAAAUAAGUCAUCAUGAACUACUGAUAAGGCAAGCGAGCAAGCCUACGAUGGUCACAUACGAACACUCGUGAUUAUUGGUAGGGGAAGUUUAUUUCACAUCAUUUUUUAUGGUUGCAUUGUAAUGAAAAUUCAAAAUGACCAGUGAGAUACUUUGUGUCGAAGUCAUUUACUGCCACAAAUACGCAACGUUUCGCUACGAUACGACUGAAGUGGAAAGCUUGGCUUAAGAGCCGUGUUGAAAUAACUCUAUGUCAACACGGAAAAUUUCUUUCUUUAUAUUUCUUUGUGCUAUAUUAUAUAAAAAUAUAAAACAUUUUUCCGUAUUGAUAUACAGUUAUAUCAACGCUCGUGGAAAUUGGGAUAGUUUGACAAAGCAUCUUAUUUAGUCAUUUUGUAUUUUCUUUCAAACAUAAUUGACAUAAAAGAAUGGAGUGAAAUUUCAAUGCAUUAAGCACUUUACGACGACGGCAAACAAACUCGUUGAACUAAAUGAUUGUAAAGAAAACCUGUCGUCUAUUAUCCAUCGUAUGAAAUUAAUACGGUUUGGUAAAUACCAACUUAAAAUGAUCGUGUUUUGUGAUUGGCUUCAUAAAACAAUAGUCAUCAGUGUUUAUGACUCGUUCUUUAGAUAGGUUCAUCAACCAAGCACAAAAUCCGUUCAUUUUAGGUCGGUAUUUACCUUGUACUACACACGUAAAAUUUCACAUCUUGUCAACAAGACGUGUUCGCAACAGGCAUGUAGCAAGCAUGUCAACAAGUUGUAACAAUGUUGUUAGUUUAUCAAGUUGCUAUAAGGUUGUCACUCCAAGGUGUUGAAUUGCAGGACGAUAACAAGUUGUUGGAGCAACUUGUAACAAGUCUGUUGAGUUCAACAACUUUGUAGCAAAUUGUUAACAAUCCGUUGACAACUCUUCAACAAACUGGGGACAAGCAGUGCGAACACAUCCUGAUGACAAGUUGGUUUGUUAUGGCUGGUUUAUACUACUAGUCUUACUACGCUCAAUAGUUCAAUCGAUUUUGCCGUGUAAUUAUUUCAUUCUUUAUUUUUGCCGCCUCUAUGAAACACGUUUUAUUAUGGUGCAGGUUCAUCACAAGUUUGGUAAUAAAUAAAACACAUGCAUUUUUGUGAAAAUAGUUUAUAAAAGCAAAGGGUAAAAAAUCGAUAAUUAUCAGAUGAUAUUUAAGUAUAUAUUUAUACAAUAAAGAUGGAGAUUAGUUUAUAAGGCUUUUGUCAUUCUUUUUUUGCUUUGCUCAUCAGCGCCGGAGAAAAGGUCAAAAGGAUGAGAGUUGGCAAGCGAGAGUUUGCAUGAGAGUUUUCUCAACUCCGGCUAAGCCGGUUUUCCACUAGCGAAUUUUCUCGCGCGAAGCGACCUUUAGGAAUAUUUUGAUGAGGGUACAUAUAUUCAGAGUAUUCAUAACUUAUUUACUCGUUCACAUCGAUCAGAAGAAGAAAAUCACGCUACAAAUCGUAGCAAAAAUUGCAAGUGUAAAUGGGCCUUUAAGAGUUGAUGAGAGUUGAUUGGAUAUUACCACGCACCUUUCAUCAAAAUUUGAACCAGCUGAAAGUUGAUGAGAGUGGAUUAGGUGGUCCUUUAAGGCAAGCGGGAAUGGACCUACUCAUUCUCCAAUGAACAAAAUUUUGAUAAUAUAUCCCUGCGAAGUUUGUAUUACGCGCGGGAAAUUGAUACCUUUUGUCAGAAAGCGGUAUCAAUUUCCCGUGCGUAAUACAAAAUAACUGAAAAACGGCAAACUUCGCAGGGCUAUAUUAUCCGCAUUUUACAACAUUUCGCAACGAAACUUCGGAAUAUUACUAAUUUUGUGAUACUCUUUCAAGCUGUGAUGAAAUUUUUGUCUAGACUUGUCUGCAUCAAAAUUUUGUUCAUUAGGGAAUAGGUCCAUUGCAACUAUCAUCAACCCUCAUCGUUGUUUGACCGAGGCUUUAUAGAUGGACAACAGUAUUAUAUCAAGAAAAUAUCAGGAAUGACUUUCACGCAGAACCAUUACCAAUAGAUCACACUAUUCUAGUUAUAGUCUAUCGUGUGUUUACAUAAGACGGCUGAUCAAUCAAACUAUAAUAUAAAUCCGCCCAAUGUCAUUUGGGAGCCUGCCCUUUACUCCAAAUUUUUUUCAUCACAUUGUUCAAACUGGGCUUUUAUCUCGUCAGGUAUUUCUACUUCGUGUAAGUUUGCCAUAUUGUCCUCGGGUUCGUCUCCGAUCAAUAUUUGAACGAGAUUUUCGAUCGCCUUGCAAACGUUCUCGUCUUUUUCCCACUUAUGAAGUUCCCGUAUGAUGACGUAAGCGUUCUUCUCUUGGAUGUAUUGCCGACCAGAUUUGGUGGAACAGAGC